UCGUACCCGAUUUUUUUCGUCCCUAAAUCGCUACGGGCGAGCUCACGAUUCAGGGACGAUUAUCGGCUCAGGGAGCGUUGUCAGGACGUGUGUAGCGAAAUCAGGACUGAUUUUUGCGCAGUCUGCGCUCGAGUGCUGCGGCGAUGCGACGUGCUUGCGGUUACUAUUGUCGCCGCUGGCGAUACGACGUGCUUACGGCUACUAUUUUUUAUUUCGAAAAUAUGGCGAAGGAAAAUGAGCGAGAAGCGUGGACAAAAGUCAUUGAUUUAUUUAAAGAUUUGCCAUAUUUGUGGGACAAAAAACAAAAAGACUAUUUCAACCGCGACAUGAGACAGGAGGCAUUCAAAAUGCUAGUGCAAAUUUUUAAUGAAGAGAUCGGCAGAGAUACAUCGCUGGCUGACUUCAAGAAAAAACUUGAGAAUAUGCGUACUACGUAUGGAAGAGAGCUGAAGAAGGUGAAUGCUUCCAAGCAAACAGGAUCGGGGUCCAAUGACAUCUAUGUACCAGCGUUAUGGUAUUACCCCCUCUUCCAAUUUCUAGAGGGGACGACGGAGCCAUGCCGACCUGGAACGGAUACUUUGGAUGACGCAUCUGAAACAGAAAGUAAAGGGAACGUUACGUCACCAGAUAUAUCAGCAUCGACAUCAUCGACACAAAUUAUAAAUACAGAAAUAUGUGAUAAAGAGGGGCCCGCGGACUCUGGAAAAAGUUCACAGCCCAAGAAGCAGAAAAUGUCCAUACAAAGUAAACAAGAAAAACUGUUGGAUGCUGCUCAGACACUGAUGACUCGACAAGACGAUGAUUGGGAGAUAAUAGGAAAGUCAAUAGGCGUUCAAUUAAAAAACCUGAGUACCCAUCAACAAGUGAUUGCCCAAAAAAUUAUCAAUGAUGCCCUAUUUUACGGAAAACUUGGCAAAUUGACAGACGAAUCUAGUAUCACUUUAUCUCCACAACACACAGUAUUACAUCCUCGCAUUCCACAUCGCUACUAUCAUUAUUCCUCUGGCUCUUCAGUGACAAAUUCAUCAACGCAGCCAUAUCAACAAUAUUUGGCACAACCGUCUCCUCAACCAUCUCCACAAUAUGCGAUACACCCGUCCCCUCAAUCAUCUACACAAUUUAUUAUACCACAAUCCCCUCAAACACCUCCACAGCAUACGGUACAACCUUCUCCUCAACCACCCCAACAUCAUAUGAUGUCACAAUUCCCUCAAGCAUCUCCAGAGUAUAACUCCACUGUACAACCAUUUCUACAGUCUAUCCCACAAUAUACAUUUGAACAACCUUCUUCUGAAUACGUAAAUCUAACCAACGCGACACAUUCAUCGUCGACCGACAUAAAACUUACCACUGAAUUUCCAAACUGUACAAGUGACACAACAGUUCAAAGAGGAACUGGCUCAGACAUGAAGGACUUUUUGAUCUUUAAUAAAAAAUAAAAUAAAUAGUAUUAAAUACCUUGUAACUAUGUUUUUGCUUAAUAUAAAUAAAUAAAAUAAAACUUUUAAA